GGCAGCAGAGCCGACUAACCAGGGAAUUACUACACGCUGUGGAUAGGUUGCAUGGGAGGAGGUGGGCACGGCCACACAAUGCUUGUUUCAUUUCUAUUUAGUGCGCUCAGGGUUGUGCUGCGGAUGGUAAGAUGCGUCUUCUCCAGCCUAUAGCACCGGAUAAUGGGUUUCUUGAAUGUGGACAGAACAGUUUGGAUUAUAAAUGCCAGUAUGGUGCCUCCUGGUAAUUGUAUAUACUAAGGGGUCGCCUGUACAUCAUAUUGUUUUCUGAGUCUAUUAAUGUGAAAUAUCGGAGGAAUGAAGGCUAUCUAAGAGCAGAAGCAGCGGGAACUUACUGCAGGUGGUCUCUGGACCAUGGUACGGUUCAGAUAUUCUGUUUAAAGAUGGAUGGAAGGGAAUUUGUAAACAUGCCGCCCUUGGGGCGGUCAGGGCUACCACUGGAGGCAGGCGGUGUUCCUUCUGGAAGUACUGGUGGGCAACUUAUUCCAUCCACAGGACAACUAGCUCCAUUUUGCACAGCAAAGUAUUUUCCAAGACCUCAUGGCUUACACUCCCAACCAGGCUUUUCUCACUUUGGCAGAAGUGUCUACCAUUCCUACAUUCCAAUGAGUCACCUUGAUCCUUCUGGUGGUGUUAGUCCUCUUUUAAUGCAUAUGGGUCCACACAGUUUGAUUGAGCCCCAGAAAGAUCGAUUUUGUUUCUCUGGUCAACAAUCAACAUAUCCUCCUCCAACAUCAAUGUUGAAGGCAUUGAGUAAUCAGACGAAGAGCUCCCACUUGCAUGAAAAUGAUCCUGUGUGUCACUCUCCUAAAGAGACUUCCAAAGACACACGGGACAAAGUUAGCUCUUGCUUCCUAGGCACAUCAAAACAAGAUAGGCGUAUUGCAGAAGAGACACAGUCUGGUGAUUUACUUGAUCGCGAUUUGGACACUAAAGUAGAAAGGGAAAGGAAGAAAAGUGGUCUUCAUAGGGUACUUAAAAUAGGGGAACAUCAUUCUCCAUUUAUAUCUGAAUUUGUGCCAAACCGAUGGUCGGGAAAUACCGAAACUAAAUCCAAAAACCCUCUUCAGAUAUCUCUGCAGAGUAAUUGCAAUCAUGGCGGUAAUUCAUUGGCCAAAUCUCAUGGCUUGGAAGAGGACGGAUAUGCCAAAGACCAAAAUAGGCAUGAUGAGAAUAUUAGGCCUCUGUGCUAUACAGGCUCCAGUCAAGCUAAGUGUAGUGAUUCUGUUGCGACAUCUUCUCCAGAAAUUGGUGUGUCCUGCAGCUGCCCUUCUUCACAGUCAAAUUUCUUGUGCAAAUUAUCCACCACUUCCUCACUGUCUACACAGCCCCUCCAUUCUUCCAUAUACAGCAUCAUCCCACAAGCCAAGGAUAUGAGCAAUGAGCUACAGAUCUUAACACCAUCUUUUGUGCCUACUGUUGAGGCUUCUGAUAAACAGUGUGAUAGCUGUGAGUUUAAAAGUAAUGUGAACAAUUCAGAAGAAAAGGCUGAAUUCUCUCUUCCUCAUUUACCCCAGGACUUUUCAGCAACUGAACCGAAAAGUGUAGAUUUUUUCAGAGAACAGGGAUCUGUAAUUUGCUGUAAUAACUCUCUGAAAUGCCAAGAUGUAUCGGAUUCCUCCUUUAACACUGCUGGUCAUACCUCUUUAGAGAAAAGGACCUUUGUUUCUAGUACUGUACCAACUCUUUGCAGGCAGGGAGACCGCACCAAAGAAACAUGUAAGGUCUCUGGAUUGAUAGAUACUCAACAGCAACAUACAAGACAUUCCUUUGUGAAACUUCCAGAACAUAAAGUAAAGCGGUUAGAAUUUGGUAAUUGGAACGCUUCACAGGUUGCUGUUUUAGCCGCGCAACAUUCCCAAGUGAGCCAUGGAAAAGAAGAAUCAAAGAAACUUUGUGCUGAAUCCAAGACUUUUGGUCCUAGUAAAACCAGUUCAGAAAGUCAACAACCACCUGCUUAUUGUGAGCGAUCCGCUAUGCAGAGUCUUAUUAAAUACAGUGGGAACUUUGCUAAAGAGGCAGAUGCUUGGCAAAGCAGUAGUAAGAAAAGUCCUUUUGGGGGACUUGGCAACAUGAAGUUGAAUGAACCCCAAUUAAAAACUGUCAGGGUCCAAAGUAUUUCACAACCAGAGGUCAAGAAAGAUCCAGAUAGACCUGGGAGUGCUAAGCCACUUUCAAAGGAUAUCGUGGGUUUUCAGGGUGAAGCAGAAGUGCGGAAUCCACCUGUAGGCAUUGCUGUGGCUGUUGCUCGGCAAAAGGACAGUACUGGAAGUAAAAUGAUUUCCUCUAAAGGACAUGCAAGAGAAGAGAAUAUGGAUGAGCGGAUCAAGCAUUGCAAUGAACGAUUGCUUAUGGAGAGAUUCGACAGAGAGCAGGCAAAACUGCUGAGAGAAAACAAAGACUUACCCGACAUCUCUCAGAUUCAUUCAUCUGGAUGUGCUGGUAUUGGGUUGAGCUCUAAUUUGAUGGUGACAGGAGGAACAUCACUAUCAGCUUCAGGACCAUGGGCAACUGAUUCCAACUCACACUUGUUGAAUCCAUGGCUACCCUCUGGAGUGAUACCCUGCAUGUGGCAUGCUGACCACCCACACGGUUUGUCCCACCCCACUUUUCAUCAGGUAAUGAACCCAGCAAUGCCUCAAGGGGUAUCUGCCUCUUUUCCAUCUGCUUAUACUUUUGCAAGAGAUCCUCAAAAUGGCCAGAUCGUGGUGAUCCCAACUGAACAUUUAACCCAUUUUGCAGAAAUACUGGAUCGGACGCCCUCACUUUGGCCUUCUAUGUAUUCAUCAGCACGCAGCCCCCUACAGCAUGUACAUCAGCUUCAGCUUUUCUCUCAACAGCAGCUGAUGCGACAGCAUGAACUCUAUAUGUUACUGCAGCAUCAAGCUGCACACUCUGUAGAUUUGCAUAGGAGUACACAGCUGGAUGUUCUAGAGUCACAGAGGAGUGAACAAAAAGAUGCUCUAGAUCUGCAGAGGAAUGCAUUAGACCUUCUAGAACUGCAGAAAAGCUCACAAUUGGAAAUUAAAGAACUACACAGGAGGACCCAGCUUAGUUCUCAAGAUUUUCACAGAAAUGAGCAAUUGACGGAGCAAUUCAAAUUAGGGGAUGAAAACGUUGUGGAGCAGACAUCAGAAACCAGUAAAAAAACUCCAUUGUCCAGUACAGGGUCAUUGCAAAAAAAGGUGAUUUCUUCAUCCGUUUCUACUUCCAGCAGCAAAGUAUUUAGUUCCUCGUCUAUUCCUGUCAAAUCCUUCCCAGUGUCAAAUAAAUUGGAAGAACAGCCUGAGAUACACAAUGCCAAACUUCCUUCCAUGUGCAUGACACCUCCCACUACAAUUAUGCCAACCAAAGUGGAAGUUUAUGAAGAAUCAGUAAAGGAUAUGGAUAUAAAGCAGGAUGUCUCUUCUCCAUCCCAAGAUCCCACACAUGGAUUUUCAUUCCAGUCUUUUUCACCAUCUGUUCAACAGCACCCCUCUUAUAUAACCAAACCAACGAUUGUUGCAGAUAUAGAACAUUUUGCUCCAGUCAGACUUCCUGAGUUAAGUGCAAUUCACAUUGAAACUACUCACAUUUUAGAGCAUUUUGAGACAGGAAAAACAAUGAAUGACACGAUUAAAAUAGAAAAUGUAAGUGCUGUAACAUGUAGAGAAAUCCUUGAGGAUCAUGGAGAGUGUGUCGAUUCUAUGGAAUGUCAGAAUAUUCUGUUUCAGGAAGUAGAGCCUCCAAUUAUAGGGGAGCAUGAAGAUAAAACAUUAAUGGAGUGUCUUCCAUCUGGUAUUUCCAAUGUGAACCCGAUCAAUGGAAAAGGGACUUCUUCAACUCAGACUGAUUUCAGUGACACAUUCAGCCAGGUUGAUAAUAGUGAAGUAAAUAUGACCACCAUGCCUCAGAAUGAUGAACAAUCUCACAGAACAAGUGAAAUAUGUGACUUAAAUAUGUUAACUAGCGCAGAAUGUAUAGACAGAAACAUAGAUGAUGUGGAUCCUGGAGUUUUUAGCUGUAAAGGGGAAGCUGUGUCUUCUGGACUUUUCAGUGUGAAUUCUGUGGAUCUCAAAACUGAAGACCCAUUGGCUGGUAUGAAUGCAUUGAUCGCAGCAACAGAAAUGCCUCAGACCUGCUCUUUGAUGCCUGCAAGUACAGUAAUUAUGACUCCUGACAUAUCUAUUGACCAUUCACUCUUGCAAGGCAUUGUUCUAUUGAGUGAAAUAGCUCAAAUACAGCUGGAGAAAAGAAAACACUUGGAAGAUUUGCAAAGCUGCCAUGUUAGACCAUCCCUUGAAAGUCUGUUGGCUGCUAGCACUCAAAUGUUAAUGGAGGUGCUCUCAUCGCCAGCAGUGGAUGUCCUGAAAGCUCAAUCAAUCAAAUUACCUCGUGAACUAACACUUAAUAAGAAGUACAGUUGGAAGCAAAAAAAUCGGCAUUAUUCGAUCACAUCUGCCAUUGAUGACACGGAUUCAGUGGAACUUGACUGUAGGGUAAGGCUGGCUGAGUUACAGAGGCAGUACAGAGAAAAGCAAAUGGAACUGGCAAAGCUACAGAGGAGGAGGGACUCUGAGGAGAAGCCUGGUGAAAUCCUUAAGAACUUAACAAGGCGGGGCCCUGGAAGGCCAAAGAAAAGGAAGUAUGGAAUUAAUCCUCUGCGUCAUACACAAGAGAGGGCAAAACACAACACCCAAAAGCUCAGCAAUUGUGUUUUACUCUCUGAAAGAUCUAAAACAGGUGAUUGUUUACGAAGGACAUUGCUGAACAUUUCGGAAGUUGGUGAGGUGGAAAAUGGAGGUGGAAAUUUGAAAAGCAGAAUAAACAGUUGGGAGGAACAAAGCAGAGCAGAAGGUUACAUGUAUGAGUUCACAGACCAUAGUGGAGGAAAACCGAAUGCAAGAAAUUUGAAGGAUUUUUCAGGUUCAGAAUUCAAGCAGAUGCAAAGUAUCCAUCGUUUACGGAUUAAUUCCAGAGAAGAUACGGACACAGAGGAAGAUGAUGAUUUUAUAGGAAAUGAGUGGCCCUCCCAGCCCAAGUCAAUACAGUAUAGUAUGUGCAAUAUGCUGACACGAAAGAUGAAGACCCUUGGAUGUUUUCAAUCUCCUGGAAGCAUCUCCUCGCGCUAUGGGACUGUCAGAUCUAAGCAGUCAGUCAGCAGAAAUAAGAAGUUUUGUUUAUUGCUGCAGGAUCCAGAAGCUGGGUCAUCCUUCAGUGAUUCAACGGAGGACUCAUUUGACCAAGAUUAUAGCUCAGAAGAGGAGGAAGAGUAUGUUGGUUAUGAUAUAGAUCGGUUCUCGUGCCCACACAUGGAGGAUAGUGGGCUAGGUCUUCUUGCUCGAUUUGCUGCCAGUGUACAACCCAGUCCUAUCAUAUAUCCACCUUUAUCCAACAUUCAACCAGAAGUUAAACAAAAAUCUGAGGAAGAGAAACAAAGCUUAAUUGGCACAGAGUUUGGAGACAAGGAUUCAAAGAGUAAGGUGAAAAUUGAAACAAAGCCUUUAAUUGGCAUACAAUUUAUUAACUCGAAAAAUGUACAGAAUUCUACAUUGGCUAUAGAAGAUGAAUCCAUUCUUAAUCACUCCGAGAAAGAAAAGAUACUGGACAAAGCACAAAAAUUAAAAAAACUAAAAACCACAAAAGAACGCAGCCAAGAAUUUGUAGCCGAGGUAAGCGAUGAUGAUCUGUGGAGCCGACGCCGAAGUGAACGUAUCUUUCUUCAUGGUACAGUCAGUUCUACAUCUGUACUGUCUGAUGUCACUACAAGCGUAACAUCUGUAUCUAAAACCAUCCGCUGCAGCAAGGUGACAAGCCCCAAGAAGGCCAAAGAACAAAAAGACAACUCUAAGAAAAGAAGGUCCAAGGAAACCCUCUUAUCCUGCCUGUCUUCCUCAGACAUCAACAACUCACUGUCUGAGAAUCAUCUCAAUGUAUUUACCUCCAUGACCUGCAGUCGAAAAAGCAGACUGAAGAUGAAGUCUAAAAGUUUGAAGGAAGAGAAUCACAGUAAAUGUGGAGCUGUGAGCAAAUUGAUGGAAAGCAUGGCAGCAGAGGAAGACUUUGAGCCUAGUCAGGAUAGCAGUUUCUCAGAGGAUGAGAAUUUUCCCCUUGAACGCCCAGUUACUCCUGCUCCACGAACUUGUAUCAUUGACAAAGAUGAACUGAAAGAUGGGUUACGAGUUUUGAUACCUAUGGAUGAUAAACUACUUUAUGCGGGUCAUGUGCAGACUGUCCACUCUCCAGAUAUAUACCGAGUGAUUGUAGAGGGUGAAAGAGGAAACCGUCCACACAUCUACUGCCAGGAGCAGCUUUUACAGGAAGCUAUUAUAGAUGUGAAGCCACCCUCUGUCCGUUUUCUACUGGAAGGAACAAGAAUAGCAGCUUACUGGAGUCAGCAGUAUCGUUGCCUUUACCCAGGCACUGUUGUACAAGGAAACACCGACCAAGAGGAAGACACAGACCUAGUAACAGUGGAGUUUGAUGAUGGAGAUACAGGGCGUAUUCCAUUGUCUCAUAUCCGAAUGCUACCUCCAGAUUAUAAAAUACAGUGUGCAGAACCAUCACCUGCUCUUUUGGUACCUAGUGCUAAAAGGAAAGUCCGCAAGUCUAGCAAAGAAAAAAAUGAAAUGAAGGAGAGCAGUAUAAUGAGUAGUGAAGAAAUGGUGCUCAAUCGAAAAUCUAGGGGGCGUAAACCAAGCAUCAAGCAGAUAUCAGAAGAAUCAGCAAUUCAAGAAAAUGCAGAUGAAAAUGUCUCACGGACAGCUAAGAAAGUUGAGGAAAAACAACUUAAUUUGAUAAAGCCAAAAAUAAAGAAGACACAUAGAGAAAGUCUCCAACAACCACCAGAUAGUCCUUCUGCACCAAAUGUUAGAGACCAUCAAGAAGGGAAAAUUAAGAAAACCUAUUAUCCUGGUUCUGUGUUUAGAAAUGUGGUUAGUGGAGGCUUGUACUGUGAAUCAAAUGGAAAUGGAUUCAACCAGAGUACAUUAAAAGAGAAAAUAAAGACAAAAAAGAGACGAAAACUAGAACAGAAAGAUUUUGUCACAGAGGACAAAAGCUAUCGGAAAACUGAAAGUCAACUUCUGGUGAAAUUGGAUCAUGAAGGUGUUAUGUCUCCAAAGACUAAAAAAAUUAAAGAGGCAAUAAUGAAACUUGAAGAUUCUAACAAUACAAUGAAAAGAAAUCGUAAGAGAAUGAUAAGUGGAUGCUACUCUAAUGUGGAUUCCAACAAACCCAAAGAAAAGGAUGCAGAUGCAAAGCAUCAUGAAGUAGAGCAAGUUUUUGGUUCUGAAGCUUUUGACCAAGCAGACAACGACUCAAAAGUUAUAUCUGAUCAGAAAAUAGAAAACCAGAAGAAAGAAAAACAACUAGAUAACAGUAAUAGUAGCUCAGAGUCUGAGGAAGAAAAUGAGAGGAAGAAAAGACAGGGAAAAAAACAACACAGCUCAACUAGUAGCUCAACAUCUUCAACAUCUAAAUCUUCUACCAGCAGUAGCUCCUCUUCUUCUUCAUCAUCAUCAUCCUCUUCUUCCUCCUCCUCAUCAUCAUCCUCAUCUUCUACUUCCAGUUCUUCCUGCUCAUCAUCCUCAUUAACAGAUGAUGCUUCCUCAAGUAGCUCAGAAGAAGAUGCUUUAAAUGUUGCUUCCAACGUGCCAGAUACUCAAAAGCACCACUGUAAGUUUAUGAGAUCUAACAGCAGAUCUAAGACUACUGUACACAUUAGGCCACAAAAGCAGGAGCAACAAAGAGGUAGUAAAUGCAAACCAAAGAAGAGAGAAGGUAUACAUCUGCCUACAACCAAGGAGCUGGCAAAAAGGCAGAGACUGCCCUCGGUAGAGAAUAGGCCUAAAAUUGCUGCCUUCCUGCCUGCUAGACAGCUCUGGAAGUGGUUCGGUAAACCUACCCAGAGGAGAGGAAUGAAAGGGAAGGCACGGAAAUUAUUCUACAAAGCAAUUGUGCGUGGAAAAGAAAUUAUACGGAUUGGGGAUUGUGCAGUGUUCUUAUCAGCCGGACGCCCAAAUUUACCCUAUAUUGGAUGUAUUCAGAACAUGUGGGAAUCUUGGGGAAAUAAUAUGGUGGUGAGAGUCAAAUGGUUUUAUCAUCCAGAGGAGACCAGUCCCGGAAAAAAGUUCAAUGAUAGCAAGGCGUGGGAUCAACAACUUGGUAAAGAGAGUACAUCAUGUCUCCAGAUCUCUAUACAUAGAAAGGAUUUCAUGGAGCGUGCAUUGUACCAGUCCUCUCACGUCGAUGAGAAUGAUGUGCAGACGGUUUCCCACAAGUGUCUGGUUGUCGCUCUCGAGCAGUAUGAGCAGAUGAUAAUGACAAAGAAAUACCAUGACAGUGAGGAUCUCUACUACCUUGCAGGAACUUAUGAGCCCACCACAGGAAUGAUCUUCAAUACUGAUGGAGUGCCUGUUAUCUGCUGAAUAUAGUUUAUCCCAAACAAGACUUUCUGACAAUCAUUAACACAAUAAUGACAUAGGUAGAGAAGGCAAAAUAACACUAUAGGGUAAAAAGCCUAUAUGAUGCUAAGUCACUUGUCCAAAGUUUGAUUUGUAAGUUUAAACAUGUUCAAAAUGCAAUGUCAUAUUCAUGUUAUAGUUACUAGUUUUAAUCAGUAGCAAAUACUGUAUAUAACAGAUAAAAGUAAAUGUAAAUGGAUAGGCACUCUGAAGAAUGUAGACAAGCACUUACAUUUCAGUGAAAAAAUAUUUCUUAGUAUGUUCUUAAAGAAUAUUUACAGUAUACUGUAUUGAAAGUGGAAAUAAGGCACGAUUUAACUCCAUGUAUGUAUUAAGAAAAAUGAAGAGACAGUUAAUGUCUCCAGAUCUUCAGGGAUCAUGACUUCAGUAUUGUAAGACGUAGUGGUUCAGAUCAUGGAAGCGCUUUCUGGACCAAAUGUGGCUCUGACAACUAGAUGGUUUAUUUUUCUUAAUGAACUGGGAUCACAUGUACACAUAAGAUAUUUCACACUAAAGUAUUUGUACUGUACUUACCUGCAGUUAUGUAUAGAAUUUAAUAAUUUCACGCAAAUAUGCUUCCAUGUAAUGCAACAUUGCAUACCAGAUAUUUCAAACCAUCAAUUACCAUAGGAAGAAAAAAAACAUGACCUUUUCAGACAAUCUUGAGACGGAAAGAAUUUUGUCUUUUACUUGUUAUUUCUUACGCAUUUUGUUUUGUUGCACAGUUCUGUGUCCCUUUUCAUAAAAUAUACUGUAGCUAA